AAAAGAAUUUUCACUUGCCUAGCUCGAAACAAAUCUGGUGUUUAAACACGAGCCAACGGUUAAAGCUCCGCAUGUCUAACUGAAUUGAAUCACCUUUUAUUCGGUCAUCCACUAAGAACUACUCCUCAGAACUAAAUAAUGGAGCUGCGAUUUGGAUGUGUAAGCAAUAUGAAUUAGUUGAUUAAGGCGAUGCGAAAUGUGAUGGGGAAGUAGAGCGCUUGGGCAGGGCCUUCCAUGUUUGGUCCACUUGGAGGAGUUCCUUAUUUGGACCACAAUGAAGGCCGAUCCUCCGCGAGCCUUGGUCUUGCACAAUCGAAUAAACAUGUUCGAUUUGUGAAAACCUCAACGUUUUGUGUCAAAUUACUGUCAUUCUUUUCCGCAAUCCCCGGACACAAUGCUGAAUUAAGUAGCAGGUAAAUGAGAGCAGCCUAAUGCAAGGCAGUCGUAUAAAUUUGUUAUGGAAUGGCGCGCAGUGGCAAAUGCAGGGAAUCAAUAGCCGCAGUUAUGGAUACCUAAUGUGUGUACCCCACCGGUUCGGCCUUAUCGCGCGCAUCUCCCAUUGACACUGCAUCCUGCGAGUCCUGACAAUUCAAAGGCGCGCGACUGGGCAGGAUGUCAAAUGGCUUGUGUGAUACCAUUCAGCAAGCCGAGCUUCCGACCUCAUUAUGCGAGUCCUUUAUGCCGCACACACAUUUAAAUGUGCUUUCGCCCACAACAAAGAUCUCAAAUCGGCGGUAAUCUCUCUAUAUAGCCACACAGCUCCGACCAACCGACCAUCCGACUAUCCGACCAUCCGACCGACCCACCAUUUAUCCAUCCAUCCAUCCAUCUAUCCGACCUCUAACGGUAGCGACUGCGAAGCGAAGCCGCCGUCGCCGGCUGAAAACCUUUUCGCCUUUUUGGCACACUGGCGCGCGACUAGUUCUCAUUUCGCGUUCGUCGCUCGUAGACUGCUGAUGCUGAUGCUGCCGUCGGUGCGGGAAAGUCGAAAAAAUCGAGGAAGCGCGAAUCGGUCUUCAGAACGAGCCCCGUUUGAUUUGCGAUUGUGAUCCGACGCGAUAUAGCCAAAUAGUUCCGGAAUACACCGACUUGCGCCCCAAAAUCGCCGGAAAAACCCAUCAAUAUGUGUGCAUAAGGUUUCGACGGACUUAAAUAUGAUAACAUGACUUUAGCCUAUGUGGAUAUGCCAGCUGUAAUUCAGGUUCAGGAACGCCUAAGUGGACAUGGGAGUCUAGGGCUGUCCAGUGGCAGUGCGGCGUACACAACGCAUUCCGGCGGACACACGGGACGCAGCGGACCGGCCACGGGGCACAGUGGACACAGCAGCACCCAUGGAUCGGCGGCCACCAUGCACCACCAGUCGCUGCAGUCCGACUUCCAGCCGCCGUACUUCCCGCCCCCCUUCCACCACUCCACCCAGAGUCCCCCCCAGCAACAGAUAUCCGGCUACUUGCAGAACCAUGGAGCCCUCGAGUACUUGGGCACGGAUCCGUAUGGCCAGCCCCUCUCCUCGCUUCACCACGCCCCACUGCACCACUACAACCAGCUGGCGGGACUGAGGUCCACGCAGGACCAACUGGGGAUCCACAGGACCCAUAGAGAGGCUGAGCUGCAGGGACAUGUUACCCAACUGUCACAUGGAUUUCCGUACACGGAUAGGAGGAGUGAUUACGGUAGUGCAAUAUCGGCGGGAGCUGCCCACGGAUCGAGGCUUGGUCACGAGCACGAGUCCCUGGCGCUGCACCAAGCACUUCAAAACGCCGUCGAUGAUGUCCAAGCUCCUGCCCUCGACGACAACGUGGCGUUCAUGUCGGACUUGCCACUCAUAAAGAGCAUGAAAAGCGGAAAAGAAGCCGGGAACAUUGGAUCGGGUUCGCCCAGCGAGGUAUUCUGUGCAGUUCCUGGUCGCCUCAGUCUCCUAUCGAGCACCUCGAAAUACAAGGUCACCAUAGCCGAAGUACAGCGUCGCCUGUCGCCCCCCGAGUGCUUGAACGCCUCCCUGCUGGGCGGAGUGCUCCGAAGGGCCAAGAGCAAGAACGGAGGGCGCCUGCUGAGGGAGAAGCUGGAGAAGAUCGGCCUGAACCUGCCGGCCGGCAGACGGAAAGCGGCCAACGUGACACUACUGACAUCCUUGGUGGAGGGAGAGGCAACGCACCUGGCCAAGGACUUUCACUUCGUGUGCGAAACCGAGUUCCCCGCCAGGCAGCUGGCCGAGUAUAUCGUGCGCCACCAAACGGAGCCGCAGGACUCGUACCGACGAAAAGAGCUCAUUCUUCACUCCCAGCAGAUUACUAAAGAGCUUAUGCAGAUCUUGAGCCAAGAUCGAACGACUCACUUCGGCACGAGAUCACAGCAUUUGCUGGAGCCAUCGAUGCAGCGCCACUUGACUCACUUCUCCCUGAUAACGCACGGAUUCGGAUCGCCCGCAAUUAUGGCUGUCCUGCACGCUUUUCAGACAUUUUUAAACGAGUCAUUAAACUACUUGGAAAAGCUCUACCCUUCGAACGGCGGAGGAAUGGUGUCGUCGUCGUUGGAUAAAAGUAAAAUUGACAACGAAAAAAAAUGAUAGGCUAUGUUGUAUAUUGCCACAGAUUGAAGCAAGCCGUACUUUAAGAUUAACUUUCCAUACACUAGGUACAACAUCAAUAAAAAUUAUAAAA